AGUCGGAUUGCGUCGGAUGUUUUUUCGGCUUGUGAGCCGAACACAGCGGGACGUGGUGGUUGUACUCGUCGGCAAUGCUCAUCAUCCAGGCCUAUAUUUAACAAUCGAAUGAUAUCACUCAGGCGUUUUCUCCGCCGCAUGCACACACACACACACACACACAGAGGAGUCUGCACCGCACGCCAGCGACAUUAUGGACUUGCAUAUAUUGGACCACAGGCUACGGGUCACCAGCAUAUCCAAGAAUGGGCUGGUGAAUUUCACACAUCCCCUGAUUAAACUGAUAUUUCUCCGGAACAGGACACGAUGCAAGUUUUUCAGUCUGACGGAGACACCAGAGAACUACACAGUUGUUCUUGAUGAGGAAGGAUUCAAAGAGCUCCACCCUUCAGAGCAUCUCAAGGUAGAGAGCUCCAUCUGGCUGCCACUCAACGUGGUCUCCAAUGGCAACUCCUCCAGCAGCUCACAGGCUGUUGGCGUGACCAAAAUCGCCAAGUCAGUCAUCGCUCCUCUGGCCCAGCAGCAUGUGUCUGUCUUCAUGCUCUCCACUUAUCAGACUGACUUUAUCCUGGUGAGAGAGAAAGACCUAUCUGUAGUCAUCAGCACUCUGGAGGAGGAGUUCAAUAUCUACAAGGAGGUGGGAGGAGAGUCUGUCCCUAUGCACUGUCAGGAUGUUUCCAACGGCCUGCAGAAGAACGGCAAAGAAGCCAUGCAGCCUACAGUUCACCCGGUGCUGAUCCCCCAGAACCAGUUCUGUGUCAUGUCUCUGGACCCAGACACACUUCCGUCCAUCGCCACCACACUUAUUGACGUCCUCUUUUAUUCCAACAGUCCUAAAGAAGAUGCACAGUCGUCUCCCAGCCAGGACGUGGACUGCAUCAAGUUCUUCUCCUUCUCCCUCAUUGAUGGCUACAUCUCACUGGUGAUGGACACUGAGGCUCAGAGACAGUUUCCUGCUGAUCUUCUCUUUACCAGCUCUUCCGGGGAGCUGUGGAGAAUGGUUCGUAUAGGAGGACAACCACUUGGCUUUGACGAGUGUGGUAUAGUCGCCCAGAUAUCUCAGCCUCUAGCUGACAGCGACAUCUCUGCCUAUUACAUAAGCACCUUCAGCUUUGACCAUGCUCUGGUCCCCGAGGAGGACAUACUGAGCGUGACAGACAUGCUCCAGCAUCAGAGGAAGGAACCAGCCACUAGUUGAUUUCUGAAGUCCUGUCUGAGCUGGAUGAUCCUAGCUCAGUGUACCGCCCCCUCACUCCAGCUCCAGUGGCCAGGGGUGGCAGGCCAGCAGGAAAGGAGGCUAACCCUGUGCCUAGACUAGCACUGCAUUGCCAGCAGUAUUAACUACUAUGAACUUGCCAUGACCACCAGAAGCACUUCUCAACGGUGUGCCACACUGUUUGUCUGUGAGGCCUCCUGUCUUACCUAUCUAAGGCAGUUAUGCACUGAGUCUCAGGGGGCCCACAAGCUCACACAUGCACAUACAAAUGCACAAUCACUCCUAAACACACACACAUCCAGACACACCCUCUUCCAAAUUCAAAUUCAGCACAAAGUCAGACAUAUGACUAUGUAUGACUCUCUUUCCCUCUAAUACAGGAUUUGGGAUCUCAAGGUAUAUGGUCAGAAGUUGAAUUUUUUUAUAUUAUUUUGCUGCAUACAGCAGAACACAAUCACAUACAAUUCACCAGUGCUAUAAACAUACAACUUAGUCUUCCAGUAAUGUUUUUAUCACAAUGGGUCUAAACAACUGUUUGUUUCUUUAAUUAAAGGCCAUUCGCAAGAAUUGCAAUUUUCCUUUUUGUAAAACUGAACGUGUGAAGCUUGAAAUGCAAGGCAGUUGUAAGAAUGUUGAUCUUAAAAUGAUUUUCAUGCAAAAGAAAACUGAGAAUUUCUAACAGGGCUCACUCUAUUUGGUUUGAGAAGAAUGUGCAGGUAGUUCUUAUAUAUUAAAACUACUACAAAUGCUGUCAAGCAGGACAGUAGGCUUGGUUAGAGUUGUUUUUUUUUUUAAGAGGUCAGCAUUUCUUAACCCUAGUAUUACCCAAGGUCAACAACACUAUGUCUUAUUUUUUGUUAUUUGCACAAUAAACUUUUGAUUUAGCUAAUAUCACUUAAAUGUUUUCUUUGGUACAACUACAUUUUGUACAAUUUGAAGUAAAAGUAUUCUGUCAACAUUUGUAAUUUUUGUGCUUCUUCAUUCAAUAAAGAGUAUUGAAAAUAGG